UACUCUCGUUAUUUUGCUAGUACAUCCUUGUUAAAUUUCUGCGGUUUCGUGCGGUCUGCGCUUCGAUUAAAGCUUCAUCAACAGUUUCCCAAGAUCACAAUCAGAAAUUUGAGGAGAUGUCUUCAGAAGGGACCAUGAGUGUAGUGGGGAGCGAAGUGAUGCCCCUGGAUUAUGGGAGCAUGGAUGAAGAGAGUAGUCCAACUUCUUCUGGUUCGGAGAGGACGGUGGAGGAGAGAAGGGAUCAAAGGGGGUGGUACUACUUCGGCCCUCGGUCGUCCAGUAAAGGGAAUAGGAGUUUAUUCUCUGCUGGACCAUCAUCCAUCAAAGGAUGGAAAGAAAAAUUCUUCUUUGUGGAUGACACCGAGUGGAGUAGGAGGGAUACCGAAGUAGAACAGUUGUCUGCUUGGAAGGCUAAGAAAACCAAGCAGAACAACUAUAAGUUAAAUGAGGAUGAGGUGGAGGAGGUAGAAAAGCUGGUGAGGGAAAAAGGAGAUGUAGUGGAUAUCUUGUACCUCACCAGUGCUAAGGCGAUAGAGGUUGCUGAGCUCUAUGGGCCAAGCUCAUUGAGCAAAGCUGAGAUGGACGAAUUUGUCAAUGCUGCUGGAGGGCUGGUUAUCCCCAAGAGGCCGAGGAAGAAGUCAAAGACUUCAGCUGCGGCAUACAGAGGGGUGCCAGAGAAAGAGCGCCUGCCCAGCACUUCUGCUCGAGUGCUAGAGAUACAGCAGAGGCUAGAGCCUGCAGGGGAGAAUAGUGAGGAGGUGAGUGAGGAGGUGGCACCACUUCAGAGAAAGAAGAGGAAGGUAGCUGAACCAGAGGUGAGGGGGGAUGAGGUGGCUGAGUUUGUGCCUUGCCUUUUUGCUCCUGAAAUGGAUCCUGAAGUCAGGGAGAGGGAAGAGGCCGAGGUGCGAGGCCCUGGCAGGAGCGAGGAGCUCAUCCCUCCUCACUUGUACCAGAAGAGUUUGUUUGAGGCGGCAAACACGACUGGGGCGAAGCACUUCCUUAACGCUACUCUUCCUAAGGUGGAUAGGAUGUGGGCGAGGGAUGAGGCGGUGGGCCGGCUAGGAGCUACUGUUGUGAGACACGCCUUGGAGGAGUACGUAGAGAGCGUGAGAGAUCACGCCAGCUUGCAGAGGCAAUGUGAGGCCUUGCAAAAAGAGAAGGAGGAGCUGCAGAAGGAAAAAGGGGAGCUGCAGAAGAAAAACCAGCAGAUUCAGAGGAGGCUGGAUGAGGUGACACCAACAGUGACCGAGCUCCAGAGCGACAACAGUGUCUUGAGCACGAAACUCUCUCUUGAGGAGCAAAGGGGCGAUGGAGCUGAGAAGAACGUGGAGCUGUUGGUGCAUAACGGGAUGGAGGGGCACAUCGGUAACUUCCUCAACUCCAGUACCUUCGAGGGCAUCCUCAAACUGUACCGGCUUCCAACCGCCAUCCUGGCCUUCACCGACUGUAGAAAGAAGGUGAAGGCCCAGUACCCAGAGGUGGACGUGACAACGGUCACCUUUGGGGAACAAGAAGAUGGAGUGGAGGAGGAUGGUGAGAGUCUCUGCGCUGACUUCCGACCUCUGAUCAAGUUGAGGUGGGAGCAUGACGCAAAGCGACGCACUAUCUUUCCUCCAGACUUUGAUGCUGAGCUGGUGGCAGUGGAGGAAGAAGGAGAAGGAGAAGAAGAAGAAGAGCAAGGUGCUGGAGUUAAGGAUCAGGCAGCCUUGGCCGGAGUGCAGCCUCCUGAGGUACAUCCAGUCUCAUCUGACGAAGUGCAGACGUUGGCCCCUCUUGAAGCAGAAGUGCCACCCCUGCCUGCUGAAGACGAGCCACCUCCACCACCUCCUCCUGCUGAGGAGCAGCCUCCUCCCUCAGCAGAUUAGCCUAGGAUUUUUUGUUUUGUUUUUGUGUUUGUAAGUGAUGACAAUUUUGUAAUUGACUUGUACAAAUUUAUGAAAUUUUUGAAGUUAUUUGUGACUUGCACAUUUUAAUAUUUGUUUGCUAUUUUCUGUUCCGAGCAAAUCACUUUGGGUAAGGAUUUGACUUCGGACAGCAUAAAAUGAACAGUCAAGGGAAUU